AACAUAAUAACACGAUCUUCUCGUCUCCCCAUCGCUCUCCCGUUGCCACCACACCGGCGCCAGCAACUAUAAAACAGUAAAUAAUUGGCUAUACCCGAUUAUAUUUUCAACAACAUUACUACUGGUCUACGUAACAACAAAAAAAACUCUUUAGCCCAAUCAUACUCUGCCGUACAUUAAACGAACACCCUGCUAAAGCGUGUGUUAUACACAUACAAUGAUCAAUUCUCUCCCCUGGCCACCAGUUCUAAGUUCACUUUGAAACAACCAAAACGACACUUUUUAAGAAACGAGAGAAACAGGAACAAAAAGAAAGAAAUACUGGAAGCAAAUGUGAUUUUGAUUACUUCUAAAAUCGCUUAUAAAGUGUAUUAAUAAAUGGAGAUUGCUCCUCUUAUGGUUUUGCCUCAAAAUCACACGACUCCUAAUGAGUCAUAUUCCAAGGGAUACAAAAGGGUAAAACUAUCUAAUGAUGGAGAUGACUAUGGUAGCAUUCCCGUGGCUACUACAUUAACUUACAAUGGAACUGGAGAAAACAAACCAAAAUCACCGUCACCUAAAGUUGUUGACUAUUCUGAUCCUUUUGCUAUAUCCAGUAUGAUUGAUAAGUUAGAUUCUGGUAAAUAUGGAAGUGUUACCAAAGAGAUAGAAGCUCUUAUUUCUCGCAAGAUUCAUGCGCUUAGUCCUUAUCUCAAGAAGCAUCCUACACUUACAGAUAUAUUCUUGGAUGGGAAUAAGUGCCCUAAUGAAGAAGAUGCUUCAAAGGCACAGAAUAAUGUCAUUGAUUUGGAGGAUGCUAGUGUUGUAAAUCAUUGUUCAGCAGUAGCAAGGCCUCUUGUAAUUCUGGAUUCUGACGAUGAAGACAGUGGAGAUUGUAGGCCCACUCCUCCCUUCCAGGAGGUUCUUUUGCCAAGACCUGAUGGGCUACUUUUCAUGGACACAUCAGUUAAAACCUAUGAAGAGAGAAACAGCCAUGGAAAUUUAGUAAGUUUAUCCAGUGAAAUUGAUAUCAAGAGAGAGAAAGGUGUUUAUGUUGGUGUAGAGGAGUAUGAUGAUGAUCAAUCUAAACCAGAAGAUGAUGGCCUUGGAGACAUUUGGAAGGAGAUGUCAGUAGCAAUGGAAUUUUCUAAGGAUGUUGCUGAGUAUCCUUCAUCUGAUGAACACAUGGAAGAUGAUGAAGAACAUUGCGAUCACUCUUUUGUUUUGAAGGAUGAUAUUGGUUAUGUUUGUCGCAUAUGUGGGGUUAUUGAGCGAGGAAUUGAGACCAUAAUUGAGGUUCAGUUUCUCAAAAAAAAGAGUACGCGGACAUAUGUAUCUGAACCUCGAAAUACCAAGGACAGAGAUUCAAACGAGAUGGUCGGAGUUGCAUUGUCUGAAGAAGAUUUGAUGGUAACUGAUAUCUCUGCUCAUCCAAGGCACAUGAAGCAAAUGAAACCUCAUCAAGUGGAGGGUUUUAAUUUUCUUCGAAGUAACUUAGUGACAGAUAAUCCAGGGGGCUGCAUCUUGGCUCAUGCUCCUGGAUCUGGAAAGACGUUCAUGAUUAUCAGUUUCAUGCAGAGCUUCCUAGCCAAGUAUCCACACGCUAGACCGCUAGUGAUACUUCCCAAAGGAAUUUUAGCUACAUGGAAAAAGGAGUUUCUGACAUGGCAAGUUGAAAAUAUUCCACUCUAUGACUUUUAUAGCGUAAAAGCAGAUAGUCGUUUACAGCAAUUAGAGAUCCUGAAACAGUGGGUGGAGCAGAAGAGCAUCCUUUUCUUAGGCUACAAACAAUUCUCUUCUAUUGUUUGUGAUGAUGCUAACAACAAGGUUGCAGCUAAUUGUCAAGAGAUACUACUGAAGCGACCUACAAUUCUAAUUUUAGAUGAAGGGCACACUCCAAGGAAUGAGAACACUGAUGUUCUGCAAUCCCUUGCUAAGGUGCAGACACCUCGAAAAGUUGUGCUUUCAGGAACUCUUUACCAAAAUCAUGUCAAGGAGGUGUUCAACAUAUUGAAUCUUGUUCGCCCAAAGUUUCUGAGGUUGGAUACUUCCAGGGCUAUUGUCAAGCGUAUCAUGAGUAAAGUACAUAUACAAGGCGUGAAGAAGCAUCUCAAAACAGGAGAGACGGUAUUUUAUGAUUUGGUAGAGCACACAAUACAGAAAGAUCAUGAUUUUAAGAGGAAAGUUACUGUCAUACAAGACCUGCGUGAAAUGACCAGCAAGGUCCUUCAUUAUUAUAAAGGAGAUUUCUUGGAUGAGCUACCUGGACUUGUUGAUUUCACUGUAGUACUUAAGCUUAGUUUAAAACAGAAGCAUGAAGUUCAAAACUUGAAGAAGUUGGCAAGGAAAUUCAAGAGAAGUUCCGUUGGGAGUGCUGUUUAUCUUCAUCCAAAGUUGAACUCUGUCACUGAGAAUUCUGCCUUGACUGAUGACAAAAUGGAUGAGUUCUUAGAAAAGUUAGAUGUGAGAGAUGGAGCCAAGGCUAAAUUCUUUCUUAAUAUGUUGAACUUAUGUGCGUUAGCUGGGGAAAAGUUACUGGUUUUCAGCCAGUACCUCCCUCCAUUGAAGUUUUUGGAGAGACUGGUGGUGAAGGUGAAAGGUUGGGUUCUAGGAAGGGAAAUCUUUGUGAUCUCAGGUGAAUCAAGUUCUGAUCAGCGGGAGUGGUCCAUGGAGCGUUUCAAUAAUUCCACAGAUGCAAAAGUUUUCUUUGGAUCAAUUAAGGCCUGUGGAGAGGGAAUAUCAUUGGUUGGGGCAUCACGCAUUAUUAUUUUGGAUGUUCAUCUGAAUCCAUCAGUUACUCGCCAAGCAAUUGGACGUGCUUUCCGUCCAGGUCAGACAAAGAAAGUUUAUGCAUAUAGAUUAGUUGCUGGAGAUUCACCUGAGGAGGAAGAUCAUAGCACAUGUUUUAGGAAGGAAGCUAUUGCAAAGAUGUGGUUUGAAUGGAAUGAAUAUUGUGGUUAUCAGGAUUUUGAAGUGGAGAGAAUUGAGUUGAAGGAGUGUGGUGAUCCCUUUUUAGAAAGUCCACUAGUAAAGGAAGACAUAAGGGAAUUGUACAAAAGGUAGUUGCUGACAAGGAAGAUCUGAGGCACCGGAAUAGGCAGAACUAUUUUGUUCCUUAACUGACUUGGGUCUGUAAAUGCUCCUCCAAUUUUGUAUCUGGUCCACAAACCUGGAGCCAACUAGGCAGGUUUCCUACAAGAAAAAUUGACUCUAGAUGCUUUAGAAGUUCCUAUGUUGGAUUCUUUAUCCUGUCUUCUUUUGCUCCUAUUGGAUCAAAGGAUGUUGCUGCAUACCUUUGUUGGAACCAGAACUGGUAAUCUUUGUAGUUCUUCGGAGUGUUUAAGUAUUUUGUUAAUAUUGUUAGCAGCAGCAGUAUAGGAGAUUUCUCAGUAGAGUUUUCUGGAACUCCUGUUCUGAUCAGCCUCGUUUCUGAUUAGCGUCUGUACAGAUAACAUUAGACAUGAAUGCAUGAAAAAUAUAAAUUGGACAUCUUGAAAUCUCUA